AUGAAGCGAAAUCGCAUUCAUUUCGAGGCCAAUGGCGAUGCUUCGCCACCCUCGCCGCAAGGGGGCUUUACGCCGGAGGAUCAACGACAGGCGCAUGUGCCGAAGAUCUCCCGGAGGAUACGCGCAUGCACGGAAUGCAAAAAGCACAAGGUUCGCUGUGAUAUGAAGGCAGGUGAGGCGACAUGUUCGCGAUGUCGGCGCAUGGGACUGGAGUGCGUUGUCAAUAAGAGCCUCCAGACGUUGUUGGAGGAUGAGGCCGAUUGGAAGACCAUGAUCGAGCUGGCAAUGACCGACCUGCUUAGGAAGUCACAGCUUCCGGAACUAUCAUACUACCAGGCUGGCGGCGGAUCAAUCGAGACGCCUUCGAAGAAACGGGGGCGUAAGGAUUCGACAGUAUCGGUGGAUGAAUCCGGUCAUGCUUUGGGGCAUCACAGCAAGAACAACUCGGCGGAUACCACAGCAGGCAGGAUGACGGGAUCCAGUUCGUCCAGUUAUGCCUUUUCUCAACAACAGCCGCAGUACAAGAUUGAUCGUGAGGAGACGAGUGCGACAUCGCUCGUGACGGCUCCCAUGGGAAGUUUGUACGAGGUGACACAGUUGAGUGAGAAUCGCGAGAAUUCGCCGAGCGAAGAUUAUGUGCCGGACCAGGCCUUGGUGACCGAUUUCAUCUCGCGCGGCGUGGUUGAUCUACAGGAGGCAGAGGAACUGUUCUACCAUUUCGAUCAGGUGCUCAACAGGUACCUCUGGGACGGAGCGUUGCUGGCACACAAGGACUUGACAUCCGCUCGAAGAUCGUCUUCUAUGCUCUCUGCGGCUAUUCUUGCCGUGACGGCACUCCAUAUGCCUACGAAGGAGCGGACAUUCGACACUUGUUACACAGAGUUUGCGAAACUCGCAUCUGAAUCAAUGCUUGGACAUCACCAUACCCUGGAUGACAUCCGGGCGCUGUGUAUCGGGGCUUUCUGGCUUGCAGACGUGAGCUGGAAGCUCUCUGGAUAUGCUGUUCGCAUUGCGACCGAGCGUAAUAUACACCAAUUCUUCCGCAAAGCUGUACAAGGCUCUCCUGAGCAUAAGGAGCAAGCCAGAUUAUGGUACCUUCUCUAUACCCUUGAACACCACUUCUCGAUCGCUUACGGUCGACCUCCCAUCAUCCACGAAGACCCCGCCAUCACUCAACACAACACAUUCACGCAAUCACCAACGAUAUCCCAAGGAGACCUCAGACUGCACAGCCAGGUUGAUCUGUUCAUAGUCCUGACCCGUAUAUACUUUGCAUUUGGCCCCGACGUGGAGCUCGAGGUCCCCGAGAGUGAAUUUCCAAAGAUCGACCAGUAUGACCAGGAGCUGGGGGAUUGGAAAUCAGCAUGGCUGCCGCGGCUUGCUGGGAGUCGACAUGUUGGUGCAUACCCCUACAAAGCCGUCUACAUGCAUUAUAACUUUUCUCGACUGCAAUUGAACUCGGUCGCCCUUCGAACAUAUCAUUCUUCUACCUCCUCGAAAGCCAUGUCGCCCGAGCGCAGGAAACGUGCCAACAUUGCUAUUGAAUCAGCGAUCGCUACCCUCCAAGUGGUUCUAGAUGAGCGCGACAUUCAGCGCGCUCUGGUCGGCGUGCCGCUGUACCUCCACAGCAUGAUUACCUUUGCGGCGGUAUUUCUUCUGAAAAUUGCUGUCAAGUCGUGCUCCACCCAGUGCGGCCAGGGCCAAAGCACGUCUAUUUCCUCAGCCGGUCUGGUUAUUGACAUUCCCUACGUGCGGGUUUUGGUUGGGCGCAUCGUCGAGGUCAUGGUAUCCUGUAGCCAGCGAGCCAGCGAGCGUCAUCUGAGCCACCACAUUGCUCGCGGUUUGCGAAAGAUGCUCACUGGCCUCGAAGAGUGGGAGAAGCGGAACGGCACCCAGCAGUCAGGCGGGCCAACCCCCCAAUCCGAUACAUCCUCGCUGUUCAAACCGGUCAUCAUUCCUGGUGCUCAGAUUCUGGGUGAGCGAGAUACCAUCUUGAACCAUCCUCCACCGCUUCUGGGCGUGGCACCACUAUCUGCGGAACGUAGCAAUGGGUUCGAUCCGGGUAUUGGGUUGGCUAAGCAUGAGCCCGGCCUUUCAGAAGGGUCGAUGGACCCUAUGAUGGCAGACCUGUGGGGAUUCGAUGAAGAGUAUUUCCCCACGGGCGUGUUUGAUUUCCUACAGAGCCAGAUGCCAGCAUAA